AUGGGUGCCUACCUCUCUCAGCCGAUCACGGAGAAGGAGGUGUUCUACGGGGCGGGCUCUGACGUGGGCUAUGCUGGGGCGUCCAUGCAGGGAUGGCGCAGGCACAUGGAGGACGCCCACGUCGCCGCGACGGACCUCGGCGACGGCGCGACGACGGUGUCCGUGUUCGGCGUGUUUGACGGGCACGGCGGCAGCGAGGUGUCCAGGUUCUGCCAGAAGUACUUCGCGGCGCAGCUCAGCGGCAUCCCGUCCUUCCCCGCCGACGUGGGCGCCUCCCUGUCCGCGGCCUUCCACAAGAUGGACGACAUGCUGCGCGACUGCUCCUACCACAGGGAGUUGGCGGGCAUGCGCAACGGCGCCCGGCCCGUCGUGUCCGCGGCGAUGGUCGCCGGGAUGGGAGAUGCGGCCGAGGGGGAGGAGAAGAAGGGCGGGGAGGGGGGCGGGGAUCCGCCCGCGGGGGGCAGAGAUGGCGGUGCUCCAGUCGCAAGGGCGGGGAGCAGGCCGCGCGGGGGUGGCCGAGGGGCGGCGACGACGAAUCCCGCCCCGUCUGAGGCUGUCCUCUGGCAGCUGAACGUCGUGAGGAGGCUGAUUUCCGGUGCCCAGAGGGGGAGGGGGCGGGGGCGGGGAUCGGCGAACGGCAACGCCAGGAUGGCGGCGGCCUACAGGGUGAGCAGGGGGGAGGACGGGUGCGGCCACGGCUGCGAGGGGACGUCCCACGCUGGGGCGACGGCGGUGGUGGCGGUCAAGCGCGGGGCGGAGCUGUUCGUGGCGAACGCGGGCGAUUCGCGGGGGGUGCUGGCGCGGGGCGGGGCCGCCGUGGCGAUGUCCAAGGACCACAAGCCCGGGCUGAAGGACGAGAAGGCGCGGAUCUUCAAGGCGGGGGGGUUCGUGUCGGAGAUCGCGAACCAGGACCGGGUGAACGGCAACCUGAACGUGUCGCGCGCGAUCGGCGACCUCAAGUACAAGUCCAACAAGAAGCUCGCCCCGCGGGAGCAGAUAAUCACGGCGGAGCCCGAGGUGAGGCACUUCGACCUCACGGGGGACGACCGGUUUUUCGUCCUGGCGUGCGACGGCGUGUGGGACGUGAUGACCAACCAGGAGGUGGUGGACUGGGUGGGGCGGAGGCUGGACCAGGGCGCGGCGCUGCGGGAGAUCUGCGUCGAGAUCCUGGACAACUGCCUGGCGGGGGACCCCAAGAUGACCAAAGGCAUCGGGUGUGACAAUAUGACGAUUUUGAUAGUUGAGCUCAGGCAGCCAGCGGAGAAUGGUGAAGCUUAG